UCAGAACCCGCGAGGGAAGCUUCGUGUGUGACGUCAUCUCUAACGGAAUCGGGGACGAUAAACCGCGCGUGACUCUUCAUGUCGGAUGUUUCAGGUGACCGGUAGUUCUUCUGUCCGGUACCGGGACCUGAAGAGCUGGCCUCUGAUUGGUCCACCUCUCUUACCUGCGUGGGUCCCGGGUUAAAGCUGAAGAUGAUAACCCGGGUCAGCCUGGUUCUUCUGUCCUGGUUGUUAACAUGGAGCAGAGCUCAGCUGCUGGAUUCGAAUAGCUGGGCGUCCGAUGGUCUCUGUCGCUAUGGCAACAGCGUGGACUGUUGCUGGGGCUGGACACAGACGGACGGAGGACGUUGUCAACCUCACUGUCAGCAGGGCUGUAAACAUGGAGAGUGUGUCGGACCAGACAGAUGUAAAUGUCACACCGGAUACAGUGGCAAGGCCUGUAACCAAGAUCUGAACGAGUGUGGUCUGAAGCCUCGGCCCUGUAAACAUCGCUGCAUGAACACACCGGGCAGCUACAAGUGUUACUGUCUGGAUGGAUACACACUGCAGCCGGAUGGCAGCUGCAAGAAUACACUGACCUGUUACUAUGCCAACUGUCAGUAUGGCUGUGAGGUGUCAAAGGGGAGGGUCCUCUGCACCUGUCCAUCGCCAGGGUUACGGCUGGGACCAGACAGACGAACCUGUAUCGACAUCGAUGAGUGUGUGUCCUCCGGCGGCGGUGUGUGUCCUCGUCGCAGGAAGUGCGUGAACACGUUUGGCAGCUUUUUGUGUAAAUGUCACCUCGGCUUCAAACUCACGUACAUGAACGGACGCUACGUGUGCAUCGAUAAAGACACGCGUCCGUUCUGCGCUCUGAACCCGUCCUCUCACAAGUGCAGGUGUAAAGACGGCAGCUGUGAAGCUCUACCCAGAGUCACUCUGGAGCCUCCAAGACCAAGAACUACAAUUCCCAACAUCCCCCUCUCCACUGCUACUCCUCUGACAACUACGACAGCUCAGCCUGUCACCACCACCAUCACCACAGCAGCAACUACUCUACCAGCUACGUCUGCAGCUACAACUACCACCGCAGUACCGACUACUACCACUACUACACCUGUUAUUACCACUACUAUGCCUGAAACUACUACACAUGUUACUACUACACCUGAAACUACACCUGUAACUACACCUGUUACUACUACACCUGUUACUACACCUGAGACUACUACACCUGAGACUACUACACCUGAGACUACACCUGUUACUACUACACAUGUAACUACACCUGAGACUACUACACCUAUAACUACACCUGAUACUACUACACCUGUCACUACUGCACCUGUUACUACACCUGAUACUACUGCUACACCCAAGACUAUAUCUGUAACUACUCCUGAUACUACUACUACACCUGUAACUACACCUGUUACUACUACACCUUUAACUACACCUGAUACCACUACUACACUUGUAACUAUACCUUUAACUACACCUGAGUCUACACCUGUGACUACACCUGUUACUACUACACUUGUAACUUCACCUGAUAAUACACCGGAUACCACUACCUCACCUGUAACUACACCUGUAACUACACCUGUUACUACUACACUUGUAACUUCACCUGAUACUACACCAACGCUGCCCACCACCUUCUCCAUGGUAACUACUACAUUGAACAACAGGAUCAACAAAGACGUGACACUCAAGCAGAGAGGAGACGUGCACAUCCCUCGACAUCCCGACCUCAACCAGUUGUGGGAGUUUGAUAUCGAGCUCGGAAACAUGUCUGACGACGCCAAAGACGAUCCUGAUGCUGGUGUGGUCCACUGUACCUUCAACCAUGGACUCUGUGAUUGGUUGUCAGACAGAGAGGGAGAUCUUCACUGGGAAACAUCUCAUAACCCUGCUGGUGGACAAUACCUGUCCGUCCCAGAGCUGAAGGCAGGACAGAGGAGCAUCCGCGGCGCCCGAUUGGCUGUCCAAAUCCCCCCAUCCUGGAGCCACGGCGACCUGUGUUUCUCCUUCUCCCAUUGGCUAACAGGGCAUCAUGUGGGCGUACUGCAGCUGUUCACCAAGAAGAGAGGACGAGGUCAAAGAUAUAGCCCCGCCCUCUGGAGCAGGACAGGUGGGCACGGCUGGAGACACACCCAGGUUACCUUGACACCACAUCAUCUGGACAGGGUGUUGUUAAAGGCGGAGCGACGAGUCGGACGGCGAGGACAAAUCGCUGUCGAUGAUGUCAUUCUGAGGCAGGGGGCGUGUCGAUGACAUCACUCUGAGGCAGGGGGCGUGUCGAUGACAUCACACUGAGUGGUAGUCGCUGAGCGAAGUGGAUUUAACCACCUACGUUUUGUACAGUGUAAAGAACCGAGCAGCUUCAUCACUGAGAUUUAAUGUUUUGAUAUGUAAAUGAGUCUUAAAUUAAAUAUGUGAUAAUUUACAAGAACUUCCAGAACAUAUUAUGGCCACUUAUUACUGUAGUGUCAUAAAAUUACAACUUUAAUCUAGUAAAACUAUGAUUUUUUUAAUUGACACUCUGUCGUAAGCACUGAACAAAACCAGGUUCAAUCUUUUGAUUCAUGUUGUUGACAUUUUAGAGUCACAGGUUUUUACAGAGGAGAUUUGUAUUGAUCUGUUUUUAUCUCUUUAUUAAUCUGCAAAUAUUGUCAAUGUUUU